GGUUUCCGGCCUUUCUGCGUGCGCAGCUCGGCGGCGCCCACAGAGAGACGAAAGUGUAGAGGUGCCGCUUGCAGAGCGGGGCUGCAGUCGGGGGUCCUGGAGGGACCGAAGCGCACCUGGGCUGCACACCGGAGAAGAGGUUAUUGCUGCUGCAAUUGCUGCCUUUUCCGUUUCAUGCUCCCCAUCCCACAAAAAAGGACCUCGGGGCAAGAGUGUGCAUGGUUCCCUCCUUUGCACUCACGACAACCCUGCGAGCACCAACAGAGGCUGUUGCUGAGCUCAACAGGGGAUAGCAGAUCUGCCGGGUUUUCUAGCAAUGAAGCCACCUGUUUUGGAAAGCCACUUGCAGGACACAUGGACCACCUUCUCCCCUGUUCUGAAUUCUGGGGACUUGUGUCUUUCCUUCUGGUUUCCAGCCGAAAGGCCUGAGCGUGAUUGGCUGACCCCUCAGUCAGCCGGGAAUCUUCCUCCUCCUUCCCUCUCCCCUUUUCUCCAGACCGUUUUUUUCCGAUGAUGAAAAGGAGGCCUUAAAAUAAAGGAGCUGAUAGACAAGGCAGCUGCGGAAGGGGAGAGCAAUGGGGGGAGAGGUGAGCAGGAAGAGGCUUUCGGAAUUCAGUGCGGAGGCUGCGCAUGCGUCGGAUGAGGAGCAGAGGAGGUGGGGGAGUGGAGUUGACCCCAUAGCGGAAAACCCAUCACCUGCUCUUGAUCGGAGCAGCCAGGAAGAUGAACAGCAGCCACGGUGGAGAGGAACCAGCCUGGGGAAUGGAGAAGGCCUCCUGCAGCAGAAUGGCACAUGGACAAAUCCUGGUCGAGGCGACUCCACCAUGAUGAACAACCCUGCUAACGUCAGUGUGGACGAACCUGUACAAAAAUUAGCUGGGAGAAAGGAGGGACAAAGGGAUCUUCUGUUUGAUGGCUUCAGUGAAGUUUUGAUAGGAGACCCCCCACUUGUGGUGGCCAAGUCGGUGGCACCCCAGACGGAAGAGAGAUUUGAGUGGAGCAGCCUGGAUGGUUGGCUUAGACCCAGAACUCAAGAUGGGAUGCAGUCCCUCAGCAAAGGCACCCAGACAGAAGCCACAUGUACAGACAAUGAAGAUCGACAUUAUUUCCAGCCUAGAAGAGAUUGUGAGACAGUCUACAUGUUGAAGGUGGCUGAAAGUGCUGAGAAGACGAUUCAGCAAGGCUUGAGAGAAUUAUUUGGUGUCCUGAAGAUCCUCGUUAAUGUACCCAUCAUUUUCACAGUAGAGUUGAUCCAUUUUCUCAACAAAUCCAUAUUCCAGGUGUUGGUGGUUGACCUCUUAACUACAAUGGGAGACCAAAUGCUGGAACCCUUCCUAGUUGCUUUGUUCAACAGCAUCCUGCAGCCCCUGCUGAAAUUCCUCCUGAAUGUCCUCUGCAGUAUCCGUGACCUCAGCUACCCUUUAUUGGACAUCCUGAAGGGCAUCUGUUUGCAAGCUGCUUUGGUGCUGCGAGCUUUCCGGUUGGUAGAAAUCAACCACCAUCAAAAUAAGUUGCUUGCUGAAAAGGUCUAGUGGAGAGGAACAACUAUCCAAAGUGGUGAUUGACACGACUGAGGGCAUCUGCAAUCAGUUUCCUUAACUAGCCUCUAGUUCGGCUGAGAACUGGGGAUGCUUUGUGGCUGGUUCCUCUGUUCAGGUCAUGGUGCUCAACGUGUUACACUCACCUUCUAGGCUGAAAGCAAAGAGUAAGGUUACCCUAACUUCUGUCAUAGAGCUUCAAUAUACUGAUGACAAUGUCGUAUGUGCACACUCAGAGGAUGACCUCCAAACCAUCCUAAAUAUCUUUGCAGAAGCUUAUGAAAAGCUUUGCAUAUUGUUCAACAUCCAAAAAAGCAAAGUGCUGCCCCAACAAGUACAAAACAACCCCUCUGCAGGGCCACAAAUCCAACUCAACGGUGUAACAUUGGAAAGCGUCGAUCACCUCUCCUACCUGGGCAGUUAUCUUUCCACAAGGGCCGACACUGAUGCCGAAAUCAAGCAUCGUCUGAGCUCUGCGAGUGCAGCUUUCUCCUGAUUGAAGCGCAGGGUUUGAGGACCAGAACAUUUAUCUUCAAGGAGAAAGUGUGCAAUUUGUGGGUGCUCUUAAAUUCAGCUUUCUCAUGGCAGGCACAAGUCUCCUUUGUGGUGUGGAAUGCCUUUAAGCCAGCUUAGGUUGGUGUGCCAAAAAGGCCAGAUUUGAUGAAGUAAACAUGUGUGAGGGCCAACCUUUUUUGUUGUUGAGCUUUUUUUAGGAUUGAAGUUGUUGAACUUUUUUUUAAAGAUUGAAGUUGUUUU